CAUUAUCGCUAUUAUUACUCAUAUUGAUAUUGAUUGUUAUUAUUCUAAUAUGGGGUUGUUUUGUUCAAGACUUUGACAGUUAUUUUAAUAAAAUAAAAGUUAAAAGUGCUGAAGAAUAAUUUGUUAUAAAAAAUUUAAACAAUUCACUUGAUGUUCUAAAAAUUUAUUGAAAACCGAGUUUAUUCUUCAGCAAAAAUGCCAAGUACGUAUCUUUAUGCAAUAAAUAAUGAGGGGCGAGUGUUUGGAUUAUCAACUUCUGGUCAAAUGUGGCGAGAAUUUACAUAUCUUGGUUUAGAAUUUAAAAGACUGUCAGCAGUUCCACAUUUUAUGUGGGCGAUUGGUGGAGAUCGUCAAGUUUACGUCCAUGUUCAUGGUUUAGAUAUUCCAAUUAGAAUAAAAGAAGAAACUUAUGAGAAUGAGCGAUGGCUACCACUGGAAGGUUUCAGCGGCCGUUUGUUGCCGACAGAUAGAUAUAACUUUUCAAAUGCCGAUGGAUCAGUCGACAGAUCUCGGGAUAAAGUAAAGCUUCCAUCAAUGGCAUGGCAAUGGGAAGGAGAUUGGCACAUUGAAACCACCUUAGACGGUCAGCCUCUAGAUCACGACGGCUGGACGUAUGCCGUUGAUUUCCCAGCGAGCUAUUCAACAAAGAAGCAAUGGAAAUCUUGUGUAAGAAGACGGAAAUGGGUGAGAUAUCGGCGGUACAGUGCCAUGAAUUCUUGGUGCGCUAUAGCACCACUCCACAAAGACCCGACAAAAGAACCCUUUAUUGACGUGGCUGUCGGUGGCACCCAAAUACCAGGUGGUAGUCUGGGAAGCCUGAUAGUUUGGGCUGUUACAGCUCAUGGAAGAGUUAUGUUUCGCGUUGGGGUGAGUUCAACGUCUCCUGAAGGACAGCGUUGGAGUGUAAUUAAAUUGUCUAGCGGUCAAGAAGUGUCUCAAGUCAGUGUUGGAGUAACAGGAUUAGGUUGGGGUGUACUUACUGACGGGAAAGCUUUAGUGAGAACUGGUGUUACAAGAGAAAAUCCUAUGGGGGAAGAUUGGAGCCUGGUAGAGCCACCGCAAAAGGAUCUACGAUUGACCCAAGUCAGUGUAGGCUGUGAUGCUGUCUGGGCUGUUACACAUGAUGGAAGUGUGUGGUUUAGAAAAGGUAUUAAAGGAGAUAUGGCUGGGAUGUGCGAACAGUUAGCUACAGGCACUGGAUGGGUUGAAAUGGGCAGCAAAAUGGCUUUAGUUUCAGUCUCUCCUAAUGACCAGGUAUGGGCAAUAGGAUAUGACGACAGAUGUCUUUACUACAGAGCUGGAAUAACCCACUCAGAAUUAACUGGCAAAAAAUGGAGAACUCUGAAUGCUCCUUUGCAAUUAAGCAGAGCGAGUAGUAGUGCCAGUUUGUCCUCAAACAAUCGUCAUAGCAUGUGUGGAACUCCACAACAGCAACGUCAUCAAAGUUGGAGCUCAUUAAACAGGCCUCAGAGCACAGGAGAAGGCACUGCUCUCAUUCGCGACUGGGAAGAGCAAUCUCGAUCUGCUCCAACUCCUACAUCUCUAAAAUUAUGGCAAAAAAAUGAAGCUAACGGGUCCAACGGAGGAAUUUCUCAGCAAACUUCUUUCCAAGAAAUGUUCAAUGCUGACGAAAAAAAUCGGUCCGCUAGUUCUGUUAGUUCUGAAAUGGAUUCUGCUGCCAAUAUUACAAUUUCUAAUGAGUCUCUGUCGCACAGCGGAGAAUCGACUGUUGUUUCGGGUAAAGGAAUGAGUAGUACAGUAAAAGUCAACCCAGCUGCCUGGAGUCCAGUACACUCUGUUGGGUCUAUGGUGGGCGUUGAAGCACAUCCUGAAACAGAUGGUAGUGUUUUUGAUCCUGAUUGGACUGGCGAGUCUGGAGUUUAUGGAGAAGACGAAAGUACUGCUGCUGUUUAUUGGGCUGAAUGCGAUGUUCUUUGGUGUAAAGUUGAAGCUGGCGCUUGUUUUAUCGAUCCUACUAAUCCACCUAAAUGGAUUGCUGACAAUUAUGCUUCUAAUCAUGGAGAAACAGCUGAACCCUGGCGGAUUUACAUUCUUGAAGAAUUAAAAAAUAGAAUAAAAGACAUUAAUUUCGAUAUUUCAUCCUGUGAAAAAGCAAUUGAAAGAUCCUCUUGGGUAAAAAACGGAGAUGCCAAAUGUAAAUUAAAAGGAAGUAACACUUACGAAGACUGUGUCAUAGAACUAGAAUGGAUAAGCAGCGACGGUGGUUCCCUAGACUGCGGCACUCUAACAGUAUUAAACGCCGACGGUGCAACAACAGUGAUGCAAUUUCCCGUAACCGAAAUAGUAUGCGUAGUUUGUUGCAGCGAGCCCUCUUGCCCCCGCUUAGCGAUUCACACACCUCGACUGCCCAAAUCAAAAGUAUUAAGACUCCAAUUUUCAAGUGACACCGAGCUAGAAGACUGGAUGAGCCACAUAACAUCAGUAACAUGUAAAACCAACAACGUUUACGGCCGACCCGGUUCCAAAUCAAUCUGGUCCACCACAGCUCUUGGCGAUGUUUUCGUCUACGACCCCGUAAUCGCCGAAGCGAAUCAACUGGUUGAUGAAACUUACACCCAGGAGCUAGAUGUCUCCGGCAAAGAGUUACCAUUUGAAAGCAUCCUACACAACGGAUUCAGUCCCGGUCAUUCAUUGCACAUUUCCGUUUGUGUUCAUGACGAUGCUGAUAGACUAGCAUUUAAUUUAGUCUGCCACAUGACAACAGCAAUGAAGCACAAACCUUCGAAUGAUUCUCACGACAUAGCAUUCCACUUCAACCCAAGAUUAAAAGAAAAUUUAAUAAUAAGAAACACGUACCAAAACGGGCAGUGGGAUGAUGAAGAAAGAGCAGGGGGCAGUCCUUUAAAACCAGGGACUGAUUUUUCAUUAAAAAUAAUUUGCGAACCCAGAGGAUACCGCAUAUUUAUCGACGACAAAGAGUUUACUUUUUUUAGUCACCGAAUUCCACCGGAAAAUAUUACUCACUUGCGAAUAAAAGGACUUAUUACGCUCCACUCAGUGCUGUAUAAAUCACCCUGGGUGAUAAUAGAGCCUACGGCGAUGUUCUGGAGACAAAUGGGCGGACAUUUGAAGAAAGUCGAGACUUGCAGUGCGGGAAUUACUUGGGGAAUUGGUUACGACAACACAGCUUGGGUCUAUACUGGUGGUUGGGGUGGAAGCUUUCUUAAAGGACUGGGUACUAGCAACGCGGACAUAAAUUCAAUGAGUGAUACUCAUAAUUAUUAUGUGUAUGAAAACCAAAGGUGGAACCCAGUGACUGGGUACACUUCUCACGGCUUGCCGACUGACCGGUACAUGUGGAGCGAUGUUACAGGUCGUCACAAACGGACUAGAGAACAUACCAAAGUACUGUCGAUGCACUGGAGAUGGGUAUCCGACUGGAUAAUAGACUUCCACACACCUGGAGGAGUAGAUCGUGACGGCUGGCAGUACGCUACAGACUUUCCGUCGCAGUAUCACGGAAAAAAAAAUUUUACUGACUAUGUCAGGCGACGGAGGUGGUUUAGAAGGUGUCUGUUGACCACCAGUGGACCUUGGAAGGAGCUUGGGAAUACUAAGAUAAUAGAUGUUUCGUUGUAUUCGCAGAAUAAUGGGCCGGAUGCUCCUGUUGAGGUCUGGGCAGUUGCUGCGAAUGGUGAGGCUCUUUAUCGGAGAGGAGUUUCUGAGUCUUGUCCUAUGGGAGUCUCUUGGGAGCACAUUCCCAGUGAUCAGGCUUUGAUUGGUAUCUCUUGUGGGCCGUUGGGUCAAGUAUGGGCUGUGGGGAAAAAUGGAUCUUCGUAUUGGAGAUUUGGGAUCACGAAUUCUAAACUUAUUGGGGAGGUGUGGACUAAUGUGGAACCACCGUCGGGAGCUCAGUUGAAGCAGAUUUCGGUGGGGAAAAAUGUCGUUUGGGCUUUGGAUACUUCCGGACGGCUUUCAGUGCGUCGGGAAAUUCAACCUAAGGUUUUUCCGGAAGGAACUCACUGGCAAACUUUGCCUGCUAUGCCCAAUGAUCCGAUUCAUAUUGAUCUAAGUGUUGUUACUGCUAAACAGGGCUUUCGGCAUGUUUCUGUUUGUAGAGAGUCGGGACAAGUAUGGGCUGUUUCAGGCGCUGGGAUUGUUUGUCGGAGGAUUGGAGUUACUAAUGAUAAUCCUGCUGGGACUGGAUGGGUUACUGGCAUUGGGGCUAACUGGCAGCACAUAAGUCUCGGUGGUUUUCCUGGUAGUAAGAAAUUAUAAACCUUUACUUUAAAGUAUUUUAUUUAAAAAAAACAACGAGUCUGAGGUAUAAUAAUAAUCGUUUACACAAUUGUUUUAAAAAAAUUUUGGGCCUAC